GCAAACUGUUGACUCUUUGUUUUUUAGUAGCAUUAAAACUUAAGAACCAUCCCUGAAAUGAUGCAGCAACAUAAACCCUCAUUAAGUCCAUUUCAUGAAACCGCAGCCAUGCUGGAAACUAUCCAGGGACUCAUUGCACGUGGGUGGCGUUUAAUAAUUUAUUCAGUACAGGUUAUUGCAAAGAUAUUCCAUUCACAUCUUCAUUCUCACAUUCAAGUCAGUCGCAUUAUUGCUCCUGUUGCACUUUAUACCCUGCAGAUUCUUCUGCAUUAUAGGGAUUACAUCUUGUUUUGUUGAUAGUUGAAGAUAUUACAGCCAAACUAUUGGUUGAAUCUGGCACGUGUUAAGCUUAGAUCAGACUGAAGUGUUUAGCUCAUUUUUUCUUAGGGAUAAUAGACUCAUAUCAGGAGGCAGGGCUACUGGAAUCACUCAAGGUACAGUAUGCUUUUUUCCCUCCCAAAUGCAGUGCGUGUCUUGCUUUAGCAUGUGCUUUUGCUGAGUCUGCUGUAAUAUUUGUUCUCAUUUCCAAUUACGAUUUUAUUCCCAUUAAUCCUGGAUGCAGAAUGAGUGAGCAGGGUGUUGUGGUUAGUGGAUUUAGAAGGUUGAGCACCAUUUCAGAGAUAGAUGUGGACCAUGAAGAGGAGCCCGUGUCUAUAGUGUCCUCUGGGGACAGUGAGUGGGUCGGAUCCAGUGCAUCGCUCUGCUCGCGUGGAAAGCCCAGUGGCGAGAGCAGCACCUUCACCUCCUUUGAGUCCUAUCAGCCUAAUACUUCAGAUGACUGCGCCUCCAUCCUGCUGGCUUGCCUCUACUGCCGUUUCUGUGACAUCAUCACCAUGCUGCCUGAUGCCUGUGAGCGGGCGUUCAUCCGCUGCUUCCCCUCUUACAAGUAUUACAGCACCUCCGAUGAACAGUCCAAAGGAAAAGACUGGUGCAGCUGUAAUAUGGAGUUUAACUGUAACUGCAUGGACUCCUGUCAAGAGACAAGUGAGUUAAUAGAGCUGGCUAUGGAGAUAUCUGAAGUGUGCUACCGCUAACAGAUCAGAGGAAGUGAUUCAGGACGGAGGUUCUCCAUCUGCUUGAUUCCCAACAGCUUUUCUAAAUGACUCUGAGUUACAAUUAUUCAUUGUCACAAAGAACUGUUGUGAUUCCAUUGGUAAACCAGGGUAAAAUGAGUCACUGCUUGUUUUAAUCAACCAUGCUCAAAAUAAUAAUUUCAUUCUGACAAAAUAUGGGUGAUUUAUUUAUUUAUUUUCCCCUUCCAAGUAAAUUUAAUUUAUGACCAAAGUUAUGAUGAUUUAGUUAAAGGAUUAGUUCACUUUCAAAUUAAAAUUUCCAGAUAAU